AUGGCGGCUCCCAUAACCACAGUCUCCUCGUCGGAGCUGAGAGGCCUCAACCUCAUCGCUGCGCACUCUCACAUCCGCGGUCUCGGCGUCGAUCUUGCCACUCUCGAAGCGAAACCAUCAGCACAAGGUCUUAUUGGUCAGGAAAAGGCGCGAAAAGCUGCUGCGGUCAUUCUGCAGAUGGUCAAGGACGGCAAGAUCGCUGGAAGAGCCGUCCUCGUCGCUGGGCCUCCUAGCACGGGCAAGACUGCGAUAGCGAUGGGCAUGUCACAAUCAUUGGGUCCUGAUGUCCCAUUCACGAUGCUUGCGUCCUCCGAAAUAUUCUCCCUCGAAAUGUCCAAAACCGAAGCCCUUACCCAGGCCUUCCGAAAAUCCAUCGGCGUCAAGAUCAAGGAGGAGAGCGAGAUCAUUGAGGGCGAAGUAGUCGAAAUCCAGAUCGAUCGAAGUGUGUCGGGCGGCAACAAGCAAGGAAAGCUUACGAUCAAGACGACGGACAUGGAAACGGUCUACGACAUGGGCACCAAGAUGAUCGAUUCCAUGACCAAAGAAAAGGUCAUGGCAGGAGACAUAAUCUCCAUCGACAAGUCCUCGGGCAAGAUCUCGAAACUAGGUCGAUCAUACGCCAGAUCUCGAGAUUACGACGCCAUGGGCGCAGACACAAAGUUCGUUCAGUGCCCGGAGGGCGAGCUGCAAGUUCGGAAAGAGGUUACACACACAGUCACACUGCACGAGAUCGAUGUCAUCAAUUCGAGAACGCAAGGCUUCCUCGCACUUUUCUCGGGAGAUACGGGCGAGAUCAGAAGUGAGGUCAGAGAUCAGAUCAACACAAAGGUUGGCGAGUGGAAGGAGGAGGGCAAAGCAGAAAUCAUUCCUGGGGUCCUGUUCAUUGACGAAGUCCACAUGCUCGACAUCGAGUGCUUUUCGUAUAUCAACCGCGCACUCGAGGCGGAUCUCGCACCAAUCGUCAUCAUGGCGAGCAAUCGUGGCCACAGCCAGAUUCGAGGGACAACAUACAAAUCGCCGCAUGGGCUGCCCUUAGACUUCUCGAUCGAGUCGUCAUCAUCAAUUAUCGCCAUCCGUGCGCAAGAAGAGGAGGUCGACCUGUCGCCAGAUGCAUUAGCAUUGCUCACGAAGAUUGGACAAGAGUCAGGCUUGAGAUAUGCGAGCAACAUCAUCACGACAUCUACAUUGCUCAGUCAGAAACGAAAAUCAAAAGAAGUCAGCAUAGAUGAUGUCCAGCGAAGCUACAGAUUGUUCUACGAUCCUGUGCGAUCUACUAAGCUUGUUAACGAGUACGAGAAGCAGUUCAUUGGAGAAGAUGGCCAGGUCAGCUUCGUCACCAAUGGCACGAACGGCACGCAUGCGGACGCAAUGGAUACUGCCUGA